GUGGCUUUUGUAUCUUUCAGAUUUUGUGACCUGAUUGUAGAUCGGGAUGCGUUCAUAACUGUUUCCUUCAUACUAAGAGCAACAUCAGCCAUUGGAGGGGCUGCAGCUGAAACCUCGGCAAUGUCCAUUUUAUUAGGAAAAUAUCCAGAUAAUAUUGGAACGGUUUCAGUAUGUGGGAUUUUGUUCGUUGAAUUCAAACUACAGUUUAUAAUGAAUACAUUUUUAGCCUUGCCAUGAAGAUAUUACAUAUGGUAACUUCUAAUAUGUUUAUAAAAAAAAGUAUCUAUGUCAGAGAAAUGUUCGGUUAUUAUAUGACGUAGUGACUUUGAUGAAUGAAUGCUUAUUUUUAGUUAUUUUUUGCGUAAUAAUUAAAGUGGCUCUAUAAAUUGCCUGGAAAAAGAUAUCACUCAGCCCCUGAGUGGGACUUGUCAUGACAUUCCCUGAGUGAUGUCUGUUUCAAUAGGGUUCAGAGUCACCUUAAUCAAAAAACAAAAUGCAUGAAAAUAGCAUUUAUUCAUCAAAGUUACUAAGUACUGUAAAUAAUGUUAGCUUCUAUUAAAAAUAACAGUAAAUAAAUUGCAGUUAAUAAUUGGAAUAAAUGGUCGUUGAAUAAGAUUUAGCUGAGGCAGAUUCAGAAGGUGACCUAAUCUACCGGUACCUCCAUUUUGUUAAAAAAUUAUUAGAAUUUAAAGAGCCGAUUUUAACAGUUAAUGUAAAUUGAGAGUUAGUCUGCAUAGCAGGCAUAUGGCGAGCUAAUGCUCAAUAUUCCUCGUGAGUGUUGAAGCUGUCAUAUUGAAUUCAUUUGAUAAGAUCGAGUAAAGCCUGGAGCAAGUAAAAACUGUAUGCGAUGGAGGUGGUACAUGCAGCAAGAAUGUCAAUUAAAUUUCCCUUGUUCCUUUCUCCCUUCCUGAUUUAUUUACUGCGGGCUUAUUUCGAUCUUGUCAAUUUACAAGUUAGAGCAGCUUCAAGGCAAUAUAAGAAAAAAGUUCUUUCAACGUUAUUUUCUAGGGUGUGGCGGAGACAGCUACUGGAGCCGGAUAUGCCUUUGGUCCAGUCAUGGGAGGAUUUCUUUACACGGUAUGUACAUGGCAUGGUCCUUACCUGAUUUAUUACCUGUAAUAUAUGGCGUGAAUAUGAUUUGAAAAGCAUCCCUUAAUGUAUAAAAUUCAACUUAAAAGUUGUCAAAAUUACAUCCAAAACUGCCACUGCUUAAAUUUCCAUCUACGCUGCUUUUGGCCAGGUUUCAUUGGUUGUGUUGACUAAGAGACAAUACCUCAACUGACCACCUCGCUCACACCGUAGUGAGGUUGAACACUUAAUUACCCCGGCUUUUCCCAGAGCAUGCUAAGUAAAGAAAUAAAGUUAUGUGUAACAGGGUAAUCUGAGAUGCAGGAAAAUAACAUCAUCAAUAAUCUCUGAUCUCAGUUGAUCUUGUUUCUAGGUUGGCGGUUUUAAACUUUCCUUCGUUGUUACGGGUGGAACUAUGAUUGCUGUUAUUCCAAUUUUAGCCUUGACACUUGGCAAAGGUUUGAUUUUCAGAUUUUUUUAACAAUCUAAAUUCCUACUGAUUGAAGUAUCUCAGUCAUUUUCUUAAAAGGCAUUUGAUUUGUGUAAAAGGUGUUCAGCUUCAAAAAUCAUUACGUCAAUGAAGGAGUGAUUGGACGUGUUAGUCAGUCAGUCAAUCUUUCAGUUGACCCUUGAGUCAUGUUUGACAGGUAUCUGUAUCACCUUUUUUACACGAUGCGCCUCCUAUCAACAUUAAUUUCAUUCAAAAUCGUUUCAAGGAGACAUGUGACAUUGCUCUCGAGCAAACAGUUUGGUAAACAAAUAUAAUUCCAUAAUAAUAAAGUUUUAUCGUUUGUCUUACGAUGUGGUCAGUUAUGAUGUGAAUCGCAGCUAGCCCGUACCCAGACCUCCGCCGUUUCAGAGCACGCUCACAACACCGGACACCAAUCGCUUUGGAAGGAGGUUAAGUUUAUUGAUCGUGAUCCUUACUGGUACACUCGUAGGAUCAAAGAGUCAAUUCACGUAAGACUUCACCCUAACAACAUCAACAGGGACAGUGGAAUAGAAAUUCCUGAAUCGCGGAUGCCCACGAUAAAAAACACAACAACCGGAGAGUCGUACAACAGCGAA